AUGUACAUGCAAUGUGCAAAUAUAACUGAUAAUACAAGACCAAAUGUGUGUGGGAAAGGAGGAAGAUAUUUUUGUUGUCCUGGAUGGACAAGGAGGCCAGGAAUAGGAGGAUUAUGUGUUAUUCCUAUUUGUACAAGAAAUUGUGGAGAUGGUUAUUGUAUUAAACCAAAUAUGUGCUAUUGCAAUAAUAGACAGAUGGCUACAUCAUGCCAAACUGGAGGUGGAGGUGGAACAAUUGGUGGAGGAACUGGUGUAGUUGGAGGUGGCGGAACAAUUGGAGUAGGUUCACCUCCUCCAGCACUUUGUAGAGAACCAUGUUUAAAUGGUGGACGAUGCAUUGGACCAGAUCGUUGUGCUUGUAUAUAUGGUUUUACAGGUAGAAGAUGUGAAAGAGACUAUCGAACUGGACCUUGCUUUCAAAAGGUGAAAAAUCAAUUUUGUGCUGGACAGUUAACAGGAGUGGUAUGUACUAAACAAUUGUGUUGUGCUACUAUUGGAGUAGCAUGGGGACAUCCUUGUGAACAAUGUCCAUCCAAAUUAGAAUGUGAUAGAGGAUUUAUAACAAAUAUUCAAUCAAAAUCAUGCUUAGAUGUUGAUGAAUGUGAAGCUAUUCCUGGUCUUUGUGAAAAAGGGAAAUGUGUCAAUACUCAUGGUUCUUUUAGAUGUGAAUGUGAAGAUGGUUAUAAACCAACAAAAGAAGAUCCUAACAUCUGUCAAGAUGUUAAUGAGUGUGAAAUAACUCCCGACAUCUGCUUACAUGGGCAAUGUAUAAAUACAGAAGGUGGUUAUAAUUGUAUCUGUGAUAGCGGUUAUGUUCCUUCUCAAGAUAGAAGAGUAUGUCUUGAUACAAGACAAGAAAAUUGUUAUACAGAAUUUAUAAAUGGUCAAUGCAGAAAAAAGCUAUCAGUUAAAUUAUCUAAAGUCGAAUGCUGCUGUGGUGAAAACAUGGGAAAAGGAUGGGGUGGAGCAAAAUGUGAACCUUGCCCACUUCCGGGAUCUUCAACUUAUAUUCAUCUUUGUCAACGUGGAGCUUUAUUUGAAAUUAAUGAAUGUGAUUUAAGACCUGAUAUAUGUGAAAAUGGUAUCUGUAUAAAUACUAUUCAGUCUUAUAUCUGUAAAUGCCAUGAUGGUUUUCGUCUCGACGAUAGAAAAAAAUGUGUUGAUAUUGAUGAAUGUAGGGAGAAAGGAUUUUGUCGCCGAGGUCAUUGUAUCAAUACUAAAGGUAGUUUCCGAUGUAUUUGUAAUCCAGGCUACGAUUUGACUCAUGACGGAACCGACUGUCAAGAUCGAGAUGAAUGUUCUGUUACCGGAAUGUGUUCCAAUGGCAAGUGUAUAAAUAUAGAUGGAUCAUAUGCGUGCCAGUGUAAUCCUGGGUUUACUGCCACAUCUAAUAAUCAGGCUUGUAUUGAUAUUAACGAAUGCUCUGAGAACAGUGGAAUCUGUUUAAAAGGAACGUGUGAAAAUUUACCCGGAAGUUAUCGAUGCGCUUGUAAAAAUGGAUUUAUUUUAUCGCCCGAUGGAGAUUUUUGCAUUGAUUACAACGAAUGUGAAGAAACUGGCAUGUGUAAAAAUGGAAAAUGUAUUAAUGUUGAUGGAAGUUUUAAAUGCAUUUGUAAUGUUGGAUAUAAACUUUCAAAAUCUGGUCAUACUUGUAUAGAUAUCAAUGAAUGUUAUGAUUCUUAUAAUAUUUGUAUAAAUGGAAAAUGUGAAAAUACUGAUGGCAGUUUUAGAUGUGUCUGCUCAGAUGGAUUUACUACAGGUCCAGGAGGAAGAGGAUGUCUUGAUACAAGAAAAGAUUACUGUUAUGCAUCUUAUAAAAAUGGUGAUUGUAGUUUACAAUCAGCAAUGCUUGUUACAAAAUCGGCUUGUUGUUGUGCAAUAAGAGGGGCGAUGACACCGGCGUGGGGAAGAUUAUGCAUUCCGUGUCCGGCGCCAAGUUCUGUGGAAUAUUCACAACUGUGUCCUGGAGGUCCUGGAAUUGGUCAUGAAGGAGAAGAUAUUAACGAAUGUAUUGUAUUACCUAAUAUAUGUCCAAACGGAGCAUGCGAAAAUUUGAAAGAUAGUUACAGAUGCAUAUGCAAUCCAGGAUAUCAAGUUGACGGCACAGGAAAAAUCUGUACAGACAUUAACGAGUGUGCAAUAAAUUUACUUCUCUGUGAUAACGGGCAGUGCCGCAAUACUCCGGGAAGUUUUCAGUGCACCUGCCCUACGGGAUUUCGGCAUAAUACUCAAACUAAUAUGUGUGAAGAUAUUGACGAAUGUAAAGAACCGGGUCAAGAAAUUUGUAUUGGUGGAACUUGUAUUAAUACUUUAGGAAGUUAUCGAUGUGAAUGUGAACCAGGCUCAACUUUGGACGCAACAAGAAAUAUUUGUAUUGGUAAUGUAUUCUUAUAUUAUAAUAAAAUCAAAUAUUUUUCAAUUCUAGAUACAAGAAAAGAUUACUGUUAUGCAUCUUAUAAAAAUGGUGAUUGUAGUUUACAAUCAGCAAUGCUUGUUACAAAAUCGGCUUGUUGUUGUGCAAUAAGAGGGGCGAUGACACCGGCGUGGGGAAGAUUAUGCAUUCCGUGUCCGGCGCCAAGUUCUGUGGAAUAUUCACAACUGUGUCCUGGAGGUCCUGGAAUUGGUCAUGAAGGAGAAGAUAUUAACGAAUGUAUUGUAUUACCUAAUAUAUGUCCAAACGGAGCAUGCGAAAAUUUGAAAGAUAGUUACAGAUGCAUAUGCAAUCCAGGAUAUCAAGUUGACGGCACAGGAAAAAUCUGUACAGACAUUAACGAGUGUGCAAUAAAUUUACUUCUCUGUGAUAACGGGCAGUGCCGCAAUACUCCGGGAAGUUUUCAGUGCACCUGCCCUACGGGAUUUCGGCAUAAUACUCAAACUAAUAUGUGUGAAGAUAUUGACGAAUGUAAAGAACCGGGUCAAGAAAUUUGUAUUGGUGGAACUUGUAUUAAUACUUUAGGAAGUUAUCGAUGUGAAUGUGAACCAGGCUCAACUUUGGACGCAACAAGAAAUAUUUGUAUUGAUAACAGAAAAGCAUCAUGUUGGCUUUCUAUCAAAGAUGGUCAAUGUGAAAAUGAUGUGAAAAUACCAAUGCUGAAAUCAGAAUGUUGUGGAGGCAUUGGUAAAGCCUGGGGAAGUCCUUGUAUAUUAUGUUCUGACAGUGAUUUAAGAUGUCCAAGAGGUUAUGCUAUGUUAGAUGGUGCAACAUGUACAGAUAUUAAUGAAUGCGAAGUAUAUACAAACAUAUGUCAGGGAGGUGGGUUGUGUGUAAAUACUGAUGGAUCGUAUGUCUGCAAUUGUCCUCCUGGACUGAUAUUGGAUCCUAGCAAAACAAAAUGCAUUGAUUUACGUGAAGAAUUAUGCUUUGCACAGUUUACUAAAGGACGUUGCAACAAACCUUUUGAUGGCCUCUAUCGCAAAAUGUUAUGUUGCUGUUCCAUCGGCCAAGCAUGGGGUCACACUUGCGAACCCUGUCCCAGACCAGGAACGGAUGCUUUCAAAGAAUUAUGUAUAAAAGGAAUCGGAUUUGCUUUCGACGGGAGAGCUCGAGGCGAAAUAGGAUUUCUUACAGACAUCAAUGAGUGUGUCCAUUUUCCAAAUAUAUGUCAAAACGGACGUUGUAGAAAUUCAGUUGGAAGUUACAAUUGUCAGUGUAAUCCCGGAUAUGCAUUGGACUCUGAUGGAUUAAAUUGCACGGAUAUCAACGAAUGUACAAUUGCACACAACGUAUGCGGUAGCGGAACAUGUAGAAAUACGGCCGGUUCUUUUCGAUGCGAUUGUCAUGAUGGAUACGAAGACAGUAUGAUGAUGCAAAUGUGCAUGGAUAUUAACGAAUGUACCAGAAUUCGUGGUAUAUGUCGUGGUGGAACUUGUGUCAAUACGGCUGGCUCGUUUUUUUGUGAAUGUCCCACUGGUCACGAGUUAUCGCCUAAUGGUAGAUCAUGUAAAGAUAUCGACGAGUGUAGUCGAACCAGUGGUAUUUGUUCCAAUGGAGUUUGUGAAAAUAUGAUGGGAACUUACCAGUGUGUGUGUAAUGACGGAUAUCAGCAAACACCUAUACUUAGUAGCUGUGAAGAUAUUGACGAAUGUGCCGAACAUAACGGAAACUGCCAAUCGCAAUGCAUUAAUACGCCGGGAAGUUAUUCUUGCGCCUGUGAAGUGGGUUAUAUGUUGCUUCCUGAUGGCAGAAGUUGUGGAGAUAUUGAUGAAUGCAGAGAGGGUGAUAAUGUUUGUAACGGUGGAAAAUGUGAUAAUACUAUAGGUUCUUAUUAUUGUACCUGCGUUGAUGGAUUAAUUCCAUCUCCAGAUGAGAAAUCUUGUCAAGACAUUAAUGAAUGUGCUUUGAAUCCCAAUGUAUGUUUAAAUGGUCGUUGUGAAAAUACUGUUGGCUCGUACGUUUGUCAUUGCGACGUUGGAUUCUCCGUGAAAACAAAUGAACAGGGGUGCACUGAUCAUAAUGAGUGUGAUCUUGGAACUGCAGAAUGUGAUGAUCAUGCAGAAUGCAUUAAUACUCUAGGGUCUUAUCAGUGUCAUUGCAUAGAUGGUUUUCGUGGAGAUGGCAUAACGUGUCGAGAUAUAAAUGAAUGCUUACGAGAUAACGGUGGCUGUGAUCCCGAUGCAGCUUGCAUCAAUACCGAUGGUUCCUACAAAUGUACUUGUGAUGAAGGAUUUACAGGAAACGGUCAGAUAUGUAGAGAUGUCGACGAAUGCAGUUUAAAUCCUGCUCUUUGUGAAAAUGGACAAUGUCUCAACUAUCCCGGAGGAUAUCGUUGUGAAUGCGAUAUGGGAUUUUCACCAGAAGAUAAUGAAAGAAAUUGCAUAGAUAUUGAUGAAUGCACAAUGUUCCAUAAUAUUUGCGUAUUUGGACAAUGUGAAAAUGUAUUCGGAAUGUUCAGAUGCAUAUGCAAUACUGGAUAUCAACUCGAUUCGACCGGAGGAAAUUGCACUGAUAUUGACGAAUGUGAAAAUCCCCAAAUAUGUCAAUACGGAACAUGUGUUAAUACUCCCGGAUCUUUUAUUUGCCAGUGUCCUCCAAAUUUUGAGUUGGCUCCUAGCGGUACCGGCUGUAUCGAUAAAAGAGAAGGAAAAUGUUUUCUCGAUUACACUGGGAGCUACAAUGGAAGAGGAAUAUGUCAUACUGAAUUAGGGGAGAAGAUGACAAAAGCGACAUGUUGUUGUACGGUGGGUGCGGCCUGGGGUGCCCUGUGUGAGAUCUGUCCUGUCGUAAACUCGACCGACUACAGAGAACUUUGCCCCGGUGGCCCGGGUUUUCGACCGAAUCAAAUCACAGUGGUCCUAGAAGAUAUCGAUGAAUGUGGCGAAUUAUACGGCAUAUGUAAUGCAGGACGAUGCUCUAAUACAUUUGGAAGUUUUAUGUGUAUUUGUCCAGAUGGAUUCACUCUUGAUGACACUCAAAGAAAUUGCAUUGACGUCGACGAAUGCCGAGAUUAUCCCGACAUCUGCGGAGUGGGAAGCUGCGUCAAUAGAGAAGGAAGCUAUACGUGCGUGUGUCCUCCGGGUUACGUUUUCGUGACUGGUGGAGGAUGUGUCGAUAUGAGAAAAUCCGUUUGUUAUAGACAGUAUUAUAACACAACCGACGUACCGCCUCAAGUUGUUUGUGAGCAAGCGAUGCUAGCAAAUCAAACACGCAUGUCUUGUUGUUGUUCGGUUGGACGAGCCUGGGGAGAAUUUUGUGAACCUUGCCCACUUUUAAAUUCAGUUUCAGAUAUUGACGAAUGUGAAAAUCCCCAAAUAUGUCAAUACGGAACAUGUGUUAAUACUCCCGGAUCUUUUAUUUGCCAGUGUCCUCCAAAUUUUGAGUUGGCUCCUAGCGGUACCGGCUGUAUCGAUAUUAACGAAUGUGUAGAGACCUCAGAAGUGUGUCUCGGAAAUGCUCAAUGCAUAAACAUACCGGGCAGCUACGAGUGCCGUUGUGCUGACGGAUACAAAUUAUCGCUGAGUCGAAGGGACUGCUUAGACAUCGACGAGUGUUUGGAAAGACGUGGAAUAUGUCAGAACGGCUUCUGUCAGAAUCUAGAAGGAAGUUUUCAAUGUACCUGCGAUGUAGGAUAUUAUUUAUCUCCAUCUCUAGAUAAAUGUUUAGAUAUCGACGAAUGCGUUCGCAGUCCCGGAAUUUGUUCCAACGGAACCUGUCGUAACACACCCGGCUCCUAUCAAUGCUUAUGUAAUGUAGGUUUUCAACUGUUAUCGACCGGAGACUGUUUUGAUAUCGAUGAAUGCAAAAUCCAGUUCGGCAUAUGUUUAAACGGACGAUGUAGAAAUACGGUCGGUAGUUUCGAAUGUCAGUGUCAAGAAGGUUACGUUCUUAGUCACGACGGACGUACCUGUAAAGAUAUCAAUGAAUGCAGCGAAAUAGAUAUUUGUACCAAAGGAACUUGUCGAAACUCGGAAGGUUCAUUUGAAUGUAAUUGUCCCGACGGUUUCCGUCUAACGCCAGACAGGAUAGACUGCGAAGACAUCGACGAGUGUCGUACGAUUCCGCUUCUGUGUUACGGAGGAACCUGCGUCAAUACUGAAGGAUCAUUUACGUGCACGUGUCCGAGAGGUUUCAUGGUUUCUUCGGAUGGCAAAGAGUGCUUGGACAUCCGAAAAAGCUUUUGCUACACAAAAUUUGAAAACGGCAUCUGUCUAAGUCCCCACGCAACCAACAUGACGAGGAGAGAGUGUUGCUGCAUGAAGGGUACUGUUGCCUGGGGUGCAGAUCCCUGCGAAAUCUGUCCAUCUCCCAACGAAGGAAGUUUCAGAAUUCUUUGUCCAGAUGGCUUUGGAUACAUUUCACAAAAUGGAAUAAUGGAAGAUAUAAAUGAGUGCAUGAUGGAUCCCACCCUCUGUCAAAAUGGAAGAUGCAUCAAUACCGACGGUUCUUAUCGUUGCGAGUGUCGGGAAGGAUUCAGACUCGACCCUUCUAGAAACAUCUGCGUCGACAUUGAUGAAUGUUUGACGUUUAAUAUCUGUGGUAAUGGCACGUGCACAAAUGAAAUAGGAACGUUUACCUGUUCUUGCAGAGAAGGAUUUACUCCUGGACCUAAACAAACUUGUAUAGAUGUGGACGAAUGCUUGGAGAUAGGAAAUGUGGUCUGCGCCUUCCGUUGUCAAAACAUGCCAGGUACCUUCCGUUGCAUCUGUCCUGCCGGUUACAAACUCGCUGCUGAUGGAAAACAUUGUGAAGAUCUGGACGAAUGCGAAACUCCUGCUAAUAAUUGUAGGUUCGAAUGUAAAAACCUAGUCGGCUCGUUCAUGUGCAUUUGCCCCGAAGGAUAUCAGCAGGUGGGCACCGGCGAUGACUGCAGAGACAUAAAUGAAUGUGCUGUGAUACAAGGAAUCUGCCAGAAUGGUCGCUGCAUCAAUACCAGAGGAAGUUACCGAUGCGAAUGUUUUGAAGGAUUUGAAACUACUGCAAAUGAAAAAGAAUGCGUCGAUUACAGAACUGGAUACUGUUUCAUUCAUGCCGCUGGAGGAGUGUGCACAACGCACACUGCGGAUCUGGCAGAAAUGACCAAGGCCGACUGUUGUUGUGGAAUGGGUGCGGCUUGGGGACCCCAGUGCGAAAUAUGCCCUCAUAGAGGAACGAAGGACUAUGAAGUUCUUUGUCCACAUGGCAGUGGCAUCACCCAAAAUGGGAAAGAUGUGGAUGAAUGUAAGAUUAUGCCCUUCCUGUGCAAGAAUGGUCGAUGUAUCAAUACUCUAGGAUCGUAUCGUUGUCUAUGCAACAAAGGUUAUAAAACAGAUCAUUCGGGAACACAUUGCAUUGAUGUUAAUGAAUGUGAAAAGGUACCUUCUCCAUGCAAAUUCUCCUGUCAAAACACAGAGGGAAGUUAUAUAUGUUCUUGUCCCAAAGGUUAUGUGUUGGGUCCGGAUGGAGUAACAUGUAAAGAUUUAGACGAAUGUGCCACUUUACAGCACAGUUGCGAACACACUUGCAUCAACACUCAAGGAAGUUAUCACUGUACUUGUCCCAAAGGUUUUAAAUUAGUAGGAACGCGCUGUUUGGAUUUGAAUGAGUGUACGGAACAGGCCAAUUUGUGCGGACCGUUAGGAACGUGCAUGAAUUUACCCGGAAGUUUCAAAUGCAUCUGUCCCAGAGGUUAUAUCACAGAUUCUUCCGGAACCAUGUGCAUAGAUACUGAUGAAUGUGCAGAUGGUGCUCGUUGUCAGCACGGUUGUGAAAACAUGGUGGGAGGUUAUCGUUGUUCCUGCCCCGAAGGAUACCUACAGCAUUAUUAUUGGAAUCAAUGCGUCGACGACAACGAAUGCUCGGGUCCUGCUUCCGCCUGCGGUACGGCCAUGUGUUUGAACACGGUGGGGAGUUACAGUUGCACGUGUCCUCCCGGUUACAACUUCGACAAUCUCAACCUGAUCUGUAUUGAAAUCGGAGGAAUCGGAGGCAACGUGGGAUGUCAGGGAAGUCCGUGCGCAUUCGGAUGCACUCCCACAGGACAAAGUGGAUUCGUGUGCGGUUGCCCCGACGGAUACCAAAGGAUCGGACAAGGCCACUGUCUGUCGACCAUAUCUCCGCCCGUGGGUAACGACAUUCAGGACAAUACUCUUGGAGGACUUCCGGUCUAUCCCAUUCCCGACGGAGACUCCUCUUACACCAUUCCCAGCGAGAAAGUCAUCUCCACCGAAGGGUGCUACUCGUGUAAACUCAACGGAAAUCGACAGAAGAGGAACGUGGAAAACGCCACGAUUACCGGACACCAGAAGAAAUCCGAAUUCAGACAGACAAAGCAGACAUUGAGAAGACUGGAAAAGAGGGCCAUUAACAGAAUGCAACAUCCUCUUCCUCAUCGCCUACGACAUUCCAACCGUCACAAGACGUUAAACUACACCUACGAGCGAUUGGUGGAUUUAAAGACGCCCGUGUCCAUCAGCAUCCCUCUGUCGGGCACGCAUCCCAAAAUGAACAUUCUGAAGUUAAGGCCGGCCGUCACCUACUUACAGAACAAAGAGAAGUACGACGUGGUUCUGGGAAAUAACGAUCUCUUUCACAUGACUACCAGGCAGGGAGUGUCGACGCUGACGUUGAAGAAGAAGCCGGUCCGAGGGGGAGUGCAUGUGCUGAAGAUCCGAGGCAGUACCGGAUCCUGGGGGGAGAGGAACCGGGGCAACUUCCUGGCGACGAUACGCCUGACGAUAACGGAAUGAAGCAGGAAGUGGCCCGCCCGUCGCCUUCGGUCCCGGGCGCGGAGGAGAAGGCGCCCGGCGCCCCCGAAAUUCCACCUAUUUAAGUACGUCGGCGGCGCCCGGAGGCCGCGUGUACAUAGUCCGUCCUCGCGACGGCCCCGUCCUCCUCCGCCCGCGCCCUAAUUUAUUGUCCAGACAAUAAAAGUCGCAACGCUUUCUUCUACCAUUUAAACCUGUACAUUUGCCGUAAAUUAAAAUGUUUUGUCACUUUCUUAUCUCCGUCUCCCUCUUUUCUUCUCCCCCUAAGAAUCUUGCAGGGAUGAGGAAGUCGGCGGAAAAAUACCCGACUCCCACUCUCCAUCCCUGGCAUCCUGUAAUUUUCGUCUCCUACAGUUUUGGAAGAUUCCGGAGAAUUAACGUUUCCGAAGGUCUUUUCGUAAUUUAACACCAGCCGGCUAAUCCGAACGAUCUGGUACGGUAAUUUUCUUCGAAUUAACGAGAGAACCCGUCAAGUACCCAUUGAGUGACACAACUAAACACUAGACGCAGUUUCUUGGAGAAAGAAAUAGAAAAAUGUCGACACCCGAAGUCUCCCGUUUACGGAAUUUAGAAAACGAAAAUCAUACCUUAGGAACAAAG